AACCUUUAGACAUCUCAACUAAGAUACAAAAAGGAAGACACACUCUUCAAUCUUAAUAUACCCAAAACACAAAAACAAAUCCUGUUUCACUCUUAACACUCACACUUAACACUUUCACUUUUUGUAGCAAUUCACAAGACUCUAGAAACUUUUUGUCCAUAGCCUCACUUCAACCUUACUUUGUGUGUGGACAGAUAGUGUUUCAACACGUUUCUUUCUAAAUUCUUAAUUAAGCUAUUGGGUUUAUGAGUUUUUGAAAUUUGAUUAUUGGGUUGCUAUGGAUCUGGUUUGAUCUUCAACUUCUGAGUGGUACAAAGUUGAAAUGAAUGUUAAAGUUUCGUUUUUUAUGAAGUGAUUUAGCUUUUGUUUCAAUUUGAAAUGGUGGGUCAGUUUUAGUUUGAAAAGGGUUGUGGUAGAAUAUGAAGAAGAAGGUUGUUCAGCAAAAAUGGAAGAAGAAGGUUUUUGGUUUGAUCUUAGUGGUGGUGCUUUGUUUUGGGAGUUUGUUGUUUAUGCAGAUGAGGUAUACUCAUGUUUUGGGGCUUGUUUCAUUGCAACAUCAAUUUGUUUCUCAGUCUCAAGCUCAGAAACCAAAAAUUGCUUUUCUCUUCAUUGCAAGAAAUAGGCUUCCUUUGGAAAUGGUUUGGGAUGCAUUCUUUAGGGGAGGCGAUAACAAUUUCUCGAUUUUCGUUCACCCUAGACCAGGGUUUCUGUUGAACGAAGCAACAACUAGAUCAUCAUAUUUUUUGAACCGUCAAGUUAAUAAUAGCAUACAGGUAGAUUGGGGAGAAGCAAGCAUGAUAGAGGCCGAACGCAUUUUACUUAGACAUGCGCUCGGCGAUCCUUUAAAUGACCGCUUUGUUUUCCUCUCAGAUAGCUGUAUACCUUUAUACAACUUCAGCUAUACAUAUGAUUACAUCAUGUCAACACCAACUAGUUUCGUCGAUAGCUUCGCUGAUACGAAAGGAGGUCGUUACAAUCCAAAAAUGGAUCCGGUUAUUCCGGUCUAUAAUUGGAGAAAAGGAUCUCAGUGGGCUGUUCUGACUAGGAAGCAUGCAAAGGUUGUAGUCGAGGACGAAACCGUCUUUCCUAUGUUUCAAAAAUACUGCAAGAAAAAGCCGCUACCCGAAUUUUGGAGGGAUCAAAUCAUUCCUGCUGACACGUCGAAGGUGCAUAACUGUAUACCAGAUGAACACUAUGUUCAAACAUUGCUGGCUCAAAACGACCUUGAAAAGGAGCUCACAAGAAGGUCGGUGACACAUACUGCCUGGGAUAUUUCCAACUCAAGAGACCGUGAGCGCCGCGGAUGGCAUCCAGUGACUUACAAAUUCUCAGACGCUACCCCGAUGCUUAUAAAAUUUAUAAAGGAAAUAGAUAAUAUCUACUAUGAAACUGAAUACAGAAGAGAAUGGUGUACAAGCAAGGGUAAACCAUCAACUUGCUUCCUUUUCGCAAGAAAGUUUACUAGGACUGCUGCUUUGAGACUUCUUAACAUGUCUGUUCUGGGAGAUUUCAGUUAAGAGAAGAAAAUGCUUAUUGCUGGUGGCUGAUACAAGCAGAACAUGUACUUAGUAUAGAAAUAUGAGGGAAAAAAGAGAAUAAAGCAAAAGCAAUUGAAGAUUGUUAACUACCACACUUAUAUGUAUAUUGGAUUGUAUUCUAUACUAUAUAGACCAUACAUAGAAAAAUAUGUUUGUCACAUUGAUGCAUAUUAUUUGUCUAGUUUGGUAAUAUAGUUUGUUAACUAA